AGUUCAGAACACCCCCCCCUUUUUCUCUCAUCAUCAAUGGCCGGCCCGCAACCACUCGAAUCCACCUUCACCACUGAUAACCACCUCCCUGUCGCAAUCAUCCAUCAUCUCCCCAUAUACACUCUUUCCAUCUUCCACUGGAUUAAGGAGAUCAUCAACCCACUCGAUCCUUCGGAUCCUUCAUUUCUGAUCCAUGGACCAUCUGCUCGGGCCGUAAUUGUCUUAGGUCCUAGCCCGCUCAAAUCCGAGCACUUAGAUCAGUAUCCUUCCGUGGAAAUCGUUGUUGGAACAUCCGCAGGUGUUGAUCAUAUUGAUUUAGCAGAGUGCCGUCGCCGUAAUAUUCACGUCACAGGCGCCGGUGACGCCUUCUCGGAAGACGUUGCCGAUUAUGCGAUAGCGUUAUUGUUGGACGUCCUCCGACGUGUUUCCGCCGCCGAUAGGUAUGUUCGGAGCGGGUUGUGGCCCGUCAUCGGCGAUUAUCCCCUUGGAAACAAGUUAGGGGGGAAACGCGUCGGAAUUGUUGGGUUUGGAAGUAUUGGCACCAUGGUUGGGAAACGGCUAGAGCCAUUUGGUUGCAGCAUUGCCUAUACCUCAAGAAACAAGAAGUCACAAAUUCCCUAUCCGUUCUACUCCACUGUUCUAGAACUUGCUACUGCCAGUGAUGCUCUGAUCCUGUGUUGCUCAUUGAGCGACAAAACGCACCACAUCGUAAACCGUGAAGUCUUGAUGGCCUUGGGGAAGAGGGGAAUUCUCGUCAACAUUGGGCGUGGGGCCAUCGUGGAUGAAAAGGAACUAGUGAAGGUGUUGGGUGGAGGUGAGCUCGGAGGAGCAGGUCUUGAUGUGUAUGAGAAUGAACCCGAGAUACCGAAGGAGCUAUUUACAAUGGACAACGUUGUGUUGUCUCCACACAGAGCGGUUCUAACGCCCGAAUCGUUUGGAGCAUUGAAAGAUGUAGUGAUUGGGAACUUGAAAGCUUUCUUUUCCAACAAACCAUUGUUGUCUCAAGUUAAUCUUAAUGAUUAAGUUGUAAUGGUUAGACCAUAAUCUUGUUGUGUAUUUUGAACAUCAAUAAUUAAUGGAAUAAAUUGAGGUUUCCAGUGUU